UUGAAAGGGGAAGGAAGGAGGGGUAGGGGUGGUCCGAGUGAGUUGAAGACACUGUGGUGGUUGGGAGUGUGGGAGGAGGGGUAGGUAGGGUAGGUGGGGUGGUUGUUGCAGUAGUAGCACGGCUGCGGAUACGUUCAUACCUGCAGACAGCCUUCGAGCCACUGGCUGCAUUGGUGACUUCCUAAGCCUCAUCAGCCACACACCUGUUGCUUCGGGCCUGCUUCACUUGCGAUGUGUGGUGCGAGAGAACGGUCGGUCAGGCUCUGGUAGUGGAGUAACGGACACUCCACGCUCACGUAGUCUGGUCGCACACCGAGGGAAGGAGGAGAGCCACCUGGCCGCUGGAUGAAAGGUGCGAGUGUGACACGCAGGACCGCAGCAGUACUCAUGAUCACAAACAACUCUCAGCAGAACAGAAAUGCCUGCGGUCCUGUUUAGUCCCACGUAAGGGACAGGUGUUGGGGCGAGUAACUGUUGUGCGAACCUCUGGUGGAGGUACUUGACGGGCUGGAGCGUCUCGCUGUUGUGUUGUCGCCGUCCUCAUUUGCAUGUGCUGUGAGAUGUGUUCACACUCACCUGCCUCUAUCAGCAUUUUACCUGCCGAAACCUGUUGUUCUGAGGAGUCCGAGUUAAUUAUUGACGAGGAGGCGAUCGGUCAUGUGAUGUCGACAGGGAUCGAUCAUCGAUGUGGACGACAGUGAUCAUCUGAUGGUGUUUGCGGGACUAAUCAAGAGAUGCAAGAUAGAAGGCUAAACCUUGCGACAGAUCGAAUUGAGGAAGCGAGUCAGCCUGUCACCUGCAGACUUUGUAGACAAGAACUUCCAGACAUGAAGGUAACCUUUGUCUUGUGGACACUCUGCGCGGUGCUGGGGUCAGCAAGUACGAGGUCGUUGCGUCUGCUGGGCGACGGCAGCCACCCGGAUGCACACAACAUCACCAGCCCUGUCAGUGUCGCCUCUAGCAGGGGGUCGCCUAUCCCCUUCCUGCUAGCCAUGCAGACCAGAGGAAGAGAAGAAAGAGUCCCACUGCAGGCUGAGCCAAAUAUCCAAGUGGUCAGCAAAAAGCCAAAUUCAAGAAGGAGUCCUGCAAGACACAACCACUGAAACAGGUGGUCAGGAUGAAAGGCUGCUUAAAGACUAAAAUUAUCAACCACUUUUGCU